CAAAACAGACAUGCAAAUAUAUGUAAUGGUGUAUCAUCUGAUCGACGUGAUUCGAUGAUGAUUCCCGCGAAAGAAUUUACCUAAGAAAUGAAAUGUCAUCACAACUAGCCGGAGAUCACCAUGAAGGCUUUUUUCAAGCCCAAAUCCAAGACCCCCGCCGAAUUGGUCCGCCAAGCUCGCGAUCUGCUUCUCUUCGCCGACCGCGCCGCCGCCCCCCACAUCAAGGACGCCAAACGCGACCAAAAGAUGAAGGAUCUGAACAAAGUUAUCGGGGAACUGAAAAACAUUCUUUAUGGAGACAGUGAUUCCAAACCUGUAGUAGAAACUUGUGCACAAUUGGCAAUAGAGUUCUUUAGGGAAGACAAUUUUCGUUUGCUUAUUACAUGUCUUCCCAAGUUGAACUUUGAGACUCGCAAACAAGCUACACAGAUUGUCACGAACCUGCAGGGGCAAAAACUACAGUCAAGGUUGAUAGCUUGUGAAUACAUGGAAAGGAACUUAGCUCUCGUGGACAUUUUGAUAGCUGGUUAUGAGAAUAACGAUCUGGCAUUACAUUAUGGUGCAAUGUUGAGGGAGUGCAUACGCCACCAAAGUGUUGCAAAGUACAUUUUGGAUUCACAGCAUAUGAAGAAAUUCUUUGAGUAUAUACAACUCCCAAAUUUUGACGUUGCUUCCGAUGCUGCUGGCACAUUCAAGGAACUAUUGACCAGACAUAAGUCAACUGUAGCUGAUUUUCUAUCUAAGAAUGAUGACUGGUUCUUUGCGGAUUACAACUCGAAAUUGCUUGUAUCUACUAAUUAUAUCACUAGAAGGCAAGCUCUCAAGCUCUUGAGUGAUAUCUUGCUUGAACGUUCAAAUUCGGCAGUGAUGAUUCGAUACGUUAGCUCGAUGGACAACCUAAGGAUCCAUAUGAAUCUUCUAAGAGAGUCUAGCAAGAGCAUUCAGAUUGAAACAUUUCAUGUUUUUAAGUUAUUUGCAGCCAAUCAGAACAAACCCACUGAUAUCAUCAAUAUCCUUGUGGCGAAUCGAACCAAGCUUCUUCGACUUAUCGCUGAUAUUAACAAUGACAAAGCUGCAGAUGAUGAGAAAUUUAAUUAUGAUAAAUCUCAAGUUAUACGAGAAAUUUCAGCCUUGAACUCCAUUAACGACGAUGGCUGAACCUAGGACAGAAUCUUGGCUACGAAUUUCUCUCAUUUCAAUGGAGUUCAUGGAAGACAUUUUGAAAUCAGGAAUCAUUACCUAUUUUUCAUUUUUUAGCACAACCUAUUACUUUCCAGAAGGAGUGAAUAAAGUGAAUCAGUUUAGCUAUGUUAGACUUUAA